UUUACCGACUUCGCACAUCCGUGGUUGUUCGGCGUACACUCGAUACUAUCCCAGAGAAGUGUCGACUACCACGCAUUGUUGCUGUUUCAGAUGAUUGUAUAGCGUACCUGCUGGAACCGAACAAGAAACAUUAUGUCGAGAGGUUUGGCUGAGCUAGAGAUUGAACUCUUGGAGCUGGCAACUGUCACUCCGUCCAACGUCAGUCAGAAUGCUGUCUGCAUUGAUUGCAAAAAUAACGAAUUAUCACCUUUGUACGAAUUUGAAAGACUGGCCAGCAUCAUCGUACCAGUUAUAUUUGGGGUAGUAUUCAUCCUGGGACUAAUUGGGAACCUCCUGGUCAUCCUCGUGGUCCUGUUCGACAAGAAAAUGAGGAAUACAACCAAUAUCCUCAUCCUCAGUUUGGCUUUUGCAGAUCUCCUCUUCAUCAUCUUCUAUGUGCCAUUCACAGCAGCUGAAUAUGCCUUGCCUGUCUGGCCAUUUGGAAAUGCGUGGUGCAAGCUGACACGGUUCAUGGCUUACGUUAGUGCCCUCGCCAGCGUCUACACUCUUGUCCUCCUGUCUCUUGAUAGGUACCUAUCAGUAGUCCAUGUCAUCAGGUCAAUGCGAUACAGGACCGAGAGGAACACGUGGCUGGCCGUUGUAGUAACCUGGGGAGGGAUUCUCUUAGGCAACAUUCCAAUCCUCUUCCAGUAUGGUGAAUUUACCUACACACACAGGUUUGAAAACAGAUCCGCAUGCCUCAACGUGGCAAAUAUACAUGAUCCCAGAGUUGGCAAGGUGUUCUUCUCCUGCUUCCUUGCCUUCGGAUACGUGAUUCCUCUCUGCGCAAUCUGUCUCAUGUAUGGCCUUAUGGUCAAUCGACUUCUGUGUGGGGUUGUUCCUGGAGACGACCAAUGUGCGGAGAGUUUUCGGGCUAAAAAGCGAGUUACUAGAAUGGUUAUUAUCGUUAUUGCCUCUUUCGCACUUUGUUGGCUACCAAUUCAGAUUAUUCUUAUAAUACGUGCAUUUGGCCAUUACCCACACGACAUGGGGUUCGUUGGACUAGAAAUGGCUGCUAACUGUCUGGCUUAUAUGAACAGCUGUGUAAACCCAUUUCUUUACGCAUUUUUGUCUGAAAACUUUAAAAGAAGUUUUCGAAAGUUUAUCUGUUGUUUCCAGGUAACGCGGAUAAUGGAUUACGGAAUGGAUUUACAUCCACGAGAAAAGGAUCCCGAAAGCACUUGUAUCACAAGUACAACUUUGAAUAACGUGUGACAACACAUAGCUGGAUUUUGCUUCUUUGUGCAACUCAGACAUACGUAUGACUCUAUAUGUAGGUCUGUGUACCUGUUAAGUAACAUGCCACAGUCCGAAAAUAAAUAUUACCUUGUGUCUAUUACAGAGAGAAACAUAUACUGCGGUUGCACAAUCCUUUUUACGAGGCAGUGUGAAUAGAUCUUCCUCAUACACUUAAUUAAAGACACUUAAAACUUAAUUGGGAUAUUAUUGAGUUCACACUGUUCUAAACUUUAAAAUAUCAUGUAUUAUACAUCAAAACAUGUUCUUGAAUUGUUGUCGCCUGUACGUGGUUGGACAAAUGCGAAACCUACAUCAACACCUGUUUUAAUUGUCAUCCUGACCCGUGAAUAUCCGGGUUAGAAUUGGUCUUCAGUAACCCAUGCUUGUCGUAAGACGCGACUA